AUGUCCAGUGCAAUUUGUGCCCGCCCGAGUCUCUGGUGGAGGUUUUCUUCGCCGCACCAACCUUUACUUUGCGCCGGUCGGCGACGGCAGCUGGCCCGUCGCGGAACACUUGUUUUCCGGCAUCAAAUUCAGACCUCGCGCACCCUCUCGAACUCAGGCUCACCAACGAGAAAUGCGAACAAUGGAGCUGCAGAAAAGGACGGACCGGCUUCCGCUCCGCUUCGUACUACCGAUUCUGCCGAGGGGCUCACAUCGACAGAGCCAGCCGUUGCGCCACCGGCGCACGACAGCGCCCACACCCAGACGGGAUACAGAACAAGUUCCAAGAGUACAAAUUUCCAAGAAGGAAACAACAAGACGUUUCCAAGAUUGGCCGACGGCAAGAACUUCGCGACGACGUUACCGCAUUCCCGACCCCCAGAGGACUUCAUUUUUGCCCAGGCAAAAGCAAAGAAGCUGAACCUAUCAAAAAUUCAGAAGCACGUCUUUUUGUGUUGCGGACAGACCAAGGAUAAGUGUUGCAAUCGUGAGCAGGCUACGAACGGGGUACGGUGUCCGCUCGCCUCUCAAAAGACCCGUUUCGACAGUGAUAACUUCUACAGGAGGCCGAGAGCCAAUGCCCGCAUGACCAUGAUCACCUCUUAAUUCCCCAGCAUGAUAUUAGAUAGAAAUUGGUCUUUCAUCGUAGAAGACCUUUAAGCACCUGCUGGAGUGUACCAGCACUCGCGGCGCAGUCAACUAUACCCAAUGCCAAUGAAACCGACGAUGACUCAGUGCGCAAUCUGCACAUCAGGAGGAUGCAUGUUUAACAAAUUUUCGCACAUUCUUAUGAUUAUUUCGGCGCUUUUAUGUUUUUCAAGGCCAUUCCUUUUUGUUUGUUCCCUUCUUGUGGUGUGUCGAAUUGAGUUCAGCGGAAGUAGAGCGCGAUUUUCUCUGCACAAUGGCAAACGCAAGCUGGCAAUACUUGCGGAAACGGUUACAGGAGCUGAAACUGGCUUCGGAAUUUUACGAGGACCAGCCGGGCAGCGAGGACCAAACGACGACAGCAAUGACAGGAGGCGCCGAGCGCAAACGCGAAGCACCAGAAGAAGUAGAUGGGAGAAACCAAGUUGCUCGUCAGGGCUUUGUCGCACGAAGCAAGGUUGACUGCCUCCGCAUCUGCGCAAAUGGUCCUAUCUGUGUCGUUUGGCCAGAUAACGUCUGGUAUCAGAGAGCAGACCCACCUGUGCUCGAGAGGAUAAUUCAAGAGCAUCUAAUCGAAAAUAGGGUCGUCGAAGAACACCGACUCCAGGACUGAUCUUCUCGAUCUCGUUUUUUCCGGUUGACCCCCAUCCACUUACGCUUACUAAGUCCCCUUUUUCAAACCGCUUCCACGGAUUUAGGAGACGUGGUAGGUGAUUCUCCAAUGCAUAGAUUUGUAGAACAAGUACUAGCGUUUCGAUUUCGACUGCCCGUUUCUAUAAAAAAGACAGUCGCAGCAGGGAGGACGGGUGAUCGAUUCAAUCGCAUCCUCGUCGUAUGGGUAUGCAAAUGUUGAUCGUCUUGAGACGUGCUGGUCUUUUGUGUCUUGUCCGAUGAUGGAUGUACAAUGGUGAAAAUGGAGACAGCGAGUGAGACAAAAUUUGCAACUGGCAGCUACUCAAGCAAGAAGCAGGUCACGUAACGUACGCGCAGCCUCCUUCUAAGCAACGAGAUUGAAAACGAAAAA